CUGCUGUUUUACCUGAAGGGUCCACAGUAAACAUGGAGCCUGGCUUUACAUUUGAAAGCAUAUUUUUUGACAACAUCACUGACAACAGCUCGGAUGGGUCUGGAGACUUUGACUCGUUCUUCCCGGAGGCGUGUGGCACGGCGCUCAGCCAGGACUUCAACAAGAUCUUCCUCCCCACGGUGUACGGAAUAAUCUGCUUCCUGGGGAUAGUCGGCAACCUGUUAGUGGUCAUCGUCAUGGGCUACCAGAAGAAAGUGAGAAACAUGACCGACAAGUACCGGCUCCAUCUCUCCGUGGCCGACCUGUUGUUCGUGCUCACCCUGCCCUUCUGGGCGGUGGACGCCGCCAAGACCUGGUACUUUGGACAAUUCCUGUGCGUGUCCGUGCACAUGAUCUACACCGUCAACCUGUACAGCAGCGUGCUGAUCCUGGCCUUCAUCAGCUUUGACAGAUAUCUGGCGGUCGUCCACGCCACCAACAGCCAGACCACCAGGAAACUGCUGGCGAGCAAGGUGAUCUACGUGGGUGUGUGGCUGCCGGCCGCCGUGCUAACCGUCCCCGACCUGGUGUUUGCACGGAAGCAGGACGUGAGCCCUUCAGUCCUCUUCAGGGACGACAACGAGGACGCGGCCGAGUCCAGGACUAUCUGCCAGCGCAUCUACCCGGUGGAGAGCAGUCUCAACUGGACGGUAGCGUUCCGCUUCCAGCAGAUCCUAGUGGGCUUCGUGCUGCCGGGCCUGGUCAUCCUCGUCUGCUACUGCAUCAUCAUCGCCAAGCUGUCGCAGGGGGCCAGAGCUCAGGCCCUGAAGAAGAAAGCCCUGAAGACCACGGUCAUCCUGAUCCUGUGUUUCUUCGGCUGCUGGCUGCCCUACUGCGCCGGCAUCUUCCUGGACACGCUGAUGAUGCUGAACGUGGUCCCUCCCACCUGCGUGCUGCAGCAGGCGGUGGAGAAGUGGAUUUCUAUCACGGAGGCUCUGGCGUAUUUCCACUGCUGCUUGAACCCAAUCCUCUACGCUUUCCUGGGAGCCAAGUUUAAGAACGCCACCAAAAGUGCACUGACUCUCGGCAGCAGAUCCAGCCAAAAAGUGACUCUUAUGACCAAAAAGCGAGGCCACAUUUCAUCCGUGUCGACCGAGUCUGAGUCUUCCAGUGUCUUGUCAAGUUAAAUCAGAAUUUCAGUCGUUGCCUCGAUGCCACGAGGAGGCAAAAGAAGUAAAAAUUUAAUUUCUAAAUAUUUACUACAUUUUGUACAGUUGUUACAAACUUUUUUUUUUGUACAUUUAAUUUUUUUUAUGCCUUGAAUAAUGCAACUGUCUUUUGUGAUGGUUUUACUUUUCCUUUUUCUGUUUUCUUUCUGUAAGAGAGAUCUGUCCUCAUGCAACAACUGUUCAGUGAUCUGUUGUCCCUCCUCUCACCCUUACGUCUGCUCUCAUCCUUACAGCUCACUCACGUGUCGUCCUGUGCUGUUUCCAGGACUGGCAGCUGAAUUCUGAUAAACCUGUACAUAGUUAGUGUGUUCGCACUUAAGGGGUGUGAUUAUCUGAAAGCUGUUAUUUAUUUCUUGUCUUUCACACUGGAUAUUUGUAAAAAUCGGGGAACUGCAAGCUGCUUUUUUUUGUUAUUCUUUUUUUUUUUGUGCUUUUUUACAAUUUGAUAUAUAUUUUUUGAUGUAAAAAUAAA